UUUUUAAUUUUUAUCAUCAUCACUCUCUCUGCUCCCAAAAUCAGAAAAAAAGGAGCGAUUUUUAUUUUCCGGGGAAUGAGAAUUUUCUCUCGAAUUUGAUUAUCACACAAUCUUACAAUUUUGUGUUUUUGAUUUUGAGGAUGCCAGCGACGGAUUAUCAAAGAUCAUUCGGGAGGUCAUUUCUCAAUUUACGGCGAGACACGGCGGUGAACUCGGUUGACUCAACGACUGUUACCGUCGAGUUGACUCAGAUGGAAGCAGAGCUUGAUUCAUUUCAGAGAAAAGUUGCUGAGAGGUUUAUCGAUCUCAAUGCCUCUACUUGUGAAGAUCUACUGUCUCUUGAAUGGGUUGGGAAGCUUCUUGAUUCGUUUUUGUCUUGUCAAGAAGAGUUUCGUGCCAUCGUCAUCAAUCAUCGUUCGAUGAUCACUAAACCACCGACGGAUCGAUUGAUUGCAGAUUACUUCGAGAGAAGUGUUAAAGCUCUUGAUGUUUGUAACGCCAUUCGUGAUGGUGUUGAACAGAUCCGUCAAUGGCAGAAACUAAUCGAAAUCGUAAUCUGCGCUUUCAACAACAACGGUGGAGGAAGUAGUAGUAGCCAGAGACCUCUUGGAGAAGGUCAGUUUCGUCGUGCGAGGAAGACUUUGAUUGAGUUAGCUAUUGGUAUGCUUGAUGAGAAGGAUUCAUCUUCAAGCUCAGUGUCGUCGCAGCAUCGUAACCGGUCUUUUGGAAGGAACAAGGAGCAUCUUCAUCACCGAACAAUCGGGCAUUUCAGGUCGCUUUCUUGGAGUGUUUCAAGAUCAUGGUCUGCUUCUAAGCAAUUACAAGCUAUUGGGAACAAUUUAGCUACGCCUCGAGCUAGUGACAUUACUGCAACUAAUGGUCUUGUUGUUCCGGUCUAUACGAUGACUUCGAUAUUGUUGUUUGUGAUGUGGGCACUUGUGGCAGCGAUUCCUUGUCAAGACAGAGGGUUGCAAGUGCAUUUCAAUAUUCCUAGGAAUUACCAAUGGGGAGGUUCAUUGAUGUCGUUGCACGAUAGGAUUAUUGAGGAAUCGAAGAAGCGUGAGAGGAAGAACACUUGUGGGUUGUUGAAAGAGAUACAUCAGUUUGAGAGGAGUUCAAGAUUGAUGAAUGAGUUGGUUGAUUCUGUUCAGUUUCCUUUGUCUGAGGAGAAAGAGAUGGAAGUGAGAGAGAGGGUUGAGGAAUUGGGGAAGCUUCAAGAAGCUUUGAAGAAUGGUUUGGAUCCGUUUGAGAGGAAAGUGAGGGAAGUGUUUCAUCGGAUUGUUCGAAGCAGAACAGAAGGUCUUGAUACUGUUGGAAAGCAUCACGGUUCUGAAUGAUGUUAAUUCAAUGGGAAACAUUUUGUUUAUUCUGGAGAAGUUUGUCAAGUUGUGGGUUUGUUUGUCUAAAUGUGAAGAUCAUGGAUCCAAAUGUAGAGAAAGAGAACAUUUUGGUAAGUCUAUAAGCAAGGAGAAAGAAACUCCAAUCUUUGUU